UCUCCUGGCAACCUUGGCCCACAGAAUUUUGUGGGAGAGAGGGUGCUGCUGUCAGGGCUCAUCGGGGUCGUCUCAUGGAAGAGGCCUCUCUCCCUUGUGAUAACCUUUUUCAUGCUGCUUUCAGCGGUGUGUGUAAUGCUGAAUUUGGCUGGUUCUAUCCUUUCCUGUCAGAAUGCUCAGCUAGUCAGCUCCCUAGAAGGCUGCCAGUUGAUCAAGUUUGACAGCGUGGAGGUGUGUGUCUGCUGUGAGCUGCAGCACCAGUCUUCUGGCUGCAGCAACCUCGGGGAGACCCUGAAGCUGAACCCGCUGCAGGAGAACUGCAACGCUGUGAGGCUGACCUUGAAGGACCUGCUCUUCAGUGUGUGUGCCCUGAAUGUCCUCUCCACUAUCGUCUGCGCACUGGCCACGGCCAUGUGCUGCAUGCAGAUGGUCUCUGCGGACAUCCUGCAGAUGUUCUUCCCACAAAGGUCGCAUUCUACCAACCCCGCCUGUGUGACUCCCCAUGGCACCGUUCUCCACCAGACCCUGGAUUUCGAUGAGUUCAUCCCCCCACUCCCGCCUCCACCCUAUUACCCACCGGAGUACACCUGUACGCCCUCGGCCGAGGCCCCGAGGGGCCUCCACCUGGACUUUGCCUCCUCCCCAUUCAGCACUUUGUACGAUGUUGCCAUCAACAGCCCCGGCGUGCUGUACCCUGCUGAGCUCCCGCCACCGUAUGAGGCCGUGGUGGGCCAGACGCCGACCAGCCAGGUUACAAGUAUGGACCACCAGGUGGCCGACGCCAGCUCUGGGGACCCAGCCACCACCGCUGACUUCAGCACACCAGUUCCAGCCAGCAGCCCGAGCCUCGCCACCUCAGAGGGCGCCACCUCACUGGGUCUGAGUCGCACGUCCCCUGCCGACACUGCUGUCACCCCCCCGCCGCUGCCACCUGCCCCAAGCCCCCACCACCGUGUAUCCCCGGACGCAACAGACACAAGCGUGCAAGCGCGGCCCAGUCCUGGGCGUGUGGCCCGCUCUGCCAGCGACCCGGUCUCCUGUGCAUCCAGCGAGGCAGGGGAUGCCUCUUCACACCCUACUCUGUGCAGCCAGGACCUGGAAACGAAACUGUCUCGGGCUGCACUGGGCACAGUUUCUGCCUCUCGCUCUGCCAUGGCUGCCUGUCAGCACCAGCUCCCACCCCCCAGGGACCCUGAAACCUGGAAAAUCAACCAAGAGACAAAGCCAGAGGCCUUACAGGCGGUCUCCAAAGAGCAGCCCCGUUCGUUAGUGGACAGCAAGGCCUAUGCAGACACCAGGGUUUUGGUGGCUAAAUUUUUGGAACACUCGCACUGUGCCCUCCCUCCUGAGGUGCGGCACGUGGUGGGCACCAUCCGCUCCGUGGUCACCUCUGAGGACCACCCGGUGGAGGAGGCCAGCUUUGGUGCUGGCGUCGUGGACCAGCUGUGAAGCAGCCACAGGUGUGAACAUGGACGCUGACAGGCCUGGCGCCUUGCAUGGGCGGUUCUUACCAGAAGCCACUGUGUGUGAUGGGGAGGGGCCUUCAGCCUGGCAUGGCAGAGGACAAGUGGGGAACACCCAGGAGGACCCUGGGAUGGCUCAGGAGCAGAACUAUUAGUCCUUCCCUUGAGGUGGAGCCAAUCCGUUGUCUUCUUGGGGAUUACAUUUGCUGCCUACUCCAGUAAUCCAGAAAGACGAUUCUCUGGUGUCCUUAGAGAACUUUGGUUACGUCAGGCAUCUUGAACUGACCAGCGUGACCUGAACACCAGUGCAGCAAGAGGUGACACUCAUGACAUUACGUAUCUUUCCAAGUCAGGGCCAUGAAGGAGGACUCUCCUUCAUCUUCAGUUCAGUUUAAUGUUCAGUAGAUAGAGGACAACAUCGAGUAAUGGGGCCAUUUUCCCGUGUGGUGUGUAUCACUCUAUAACGAAACCUUUAUCGUGUUCUGACCUAUCACUUCCUUUAAAAGGAAAUAGAUAACUUUAGCACAGAGGCAGCCCAGGCCCAGCUUGUUAGCCCUAGGGUCACAGGGCUGUUGUACAAACAGGUGUACAGUGGGGAGCCCCUGUGGCCCAGCCUCUCCUGGGACCAAGGCAGGGGUCACAAGGGCUCUGAGAAACCCACCACCUCCUGUCUCCCAGACCUCCCCAGCAAGGCCCCCAUCUCUGGACCUCCCACCCUUCCUUCUCCCCAGGUUCCCGGCUCUUGUCUCCCUCCAUCUAACAAGAGCAGACACUUUCAACUGUUAUUUGCCUCGUAACAAUAAGCACCUGUCCAGCGCCCUUUUGGCAUCUGACCUUACCCGAUCGACCUAGAUCAAAUUCCAAGGGCCUUCUUCUUUGGGACUGUGUACUUCCUGCUAAAACAGGCAGCUCUCUCAUGACCUAGAGCUGUCCCUCCCCCAGCCAGGUGGCAGUGGGCACACUGGCAUUGGAGGGUAUGGAUUCUGAGUCCUUUAUUUCCACGAGAACAGCUACUGCAUCGGUUAUGCAGAAGCAAGCAAGCCCAGCUUGGGCACAACUUGGGUGCCUUUGACUUUCUUGGCCUCCUUCGGUCUCGUUUGCCCUCCACUUCCUAACACCGAGAAAGUCCGCCAUGAUGGAAACGCUUGUAUCUGCACCAUGCCAAACAGCAGCCUUUAGCGCACAGACUGUUGAGCCCUUGAACUGUGGCCAGCGUCCCCUACUUUGGACAAAGCAACCCAGAGUCUGUGGCCUGAGAUAAGAGGUCCUGGGGGUGGACCAGAGGGUGCCCACCACUGCUCAGUGGCCAGCGGGGGACUCAUGCAGUUCUUUCCUGUAUUAUGCAUGGCCUGUGCCUGGCCGUGAGUCCCUCCCCUCAUUGCUUAUCCCCCAGCCCCACCCCUCAGCCCCACUUCCUUUGGAGCCAACAUGGGGGGUGCAUUUCUAUGGAAGCCGAGAAGGGGGUGGCUUUCAACCCAAAUGUGGCAUAGGAAUGGGAAGGCAUGUUCAGCCGCUGAUGCCUUGACUGCUUUCCUAUUAUCACUGGUUAUUGUCUCCCUGAAGUUAGAGCUGAAAAGAUGUAAAUCAGACUCUUCCAUGGCAAUCUUACCUUUCCCACAAGAGACAUACUAGAGAUGCAUUUAUGAGCACUUUAUUCAGGCUAUAAACUGGGAAAUCUAUUCUCUAAUUUUUCUCAAGUGAUAGCUUUUGAAGUCCCCCAAAGCAAGUCCUUUUGCUUGUAAAGCUGAUGGUUUUUCAGAAUGGCCUCCCCUGAGCCCACAGACAGUGAAGAUUUACAUCCUGGUGCCUCGGCCUUGGAAUCGGAGCAUUCACAUCAUUUUCAUCGGAGUUGGGCUGGACCACAGCCAGCUCCAGGGGGUGCUUGCUUGGGAUGCCCCUGCAGCAGUGUCCCAGGGUUAAGCCAUUGGCUGAGCUAGACCCACAAAUCUCAGACCUGGCUGCAAUCCAAGCAGAGGCCAGUCCCACCCCACUACUUCAAUUCCACUCCAUCAGUUCAGAAAGGAGGAGUGGCCACUGGACGGCCAGCUUGGUGCUGCGUGUCCUCUGCACCAGGGCCUUGUCAUCUGCCGUCUGGGGCUCUUGGGGCAGGCUGUGUCUCCCUUCCCCGCUGAUGCCAAGGCCUGGAAGCCUCAGUACCCACAUUUCUCAAGAAAGCCCAGUCCAUGCACCUGCUGACACUCAGCUGUGGGUCUGCUCCCAGAACUCUGUCUUACAGUUAAAGAGAUUGCCCAGUUUUACACUACUGGGCCGGAACCUUCUGCUUCCUAGAAAGAAACAAUACUGUCAGGAAUGAUGGGUCCACCUCCCUCCUUUGUCCACCUUCCAGGACCUUGGGGAACCCAUGUGGGCACUAAGAUGGUCUGAGCUCCGGAUCUCCAGGAGAUGUAUGCAGGUGCCGGUGACAGCCACCUUGAUACUCACAACUUGCCCCUUCACUUCCCGUUCCCAACUCUUGACUGGUGGCCCCUAGACCCCAAGCAGCACUGGACUCCCAGUCACGGGAAGGGGACUUCCUCCCCAGCGUGCCUGUGUCCCUCCCUUCCGGAAGCCUGUUUUGGUGGGUGAAAGGCUCUGACUCCGGCUGUCUUUGAGGCACUUCUUCCCUUCAGCUUGGCUGGGUCCUGAGGAGAGAUGCAAAGGAGCUGGCACCUGCUAGGACGAUGCUCUUUGACUCAGGCCAGGGGCCAGGGGUGGUGUGAGGGUGCCGAGGUGGUUGAACUCUGGACCCCAACCCCCAAGCAAACGGGGACAUCAUUCCAAGGACUUAAGGUCUCCUUUUGCUGGAGACAAUACAAUGAAAUGCUUGUCACAAACCAUGAAGCUUACUUCCAAUGUUCUUUUUCCUCCCCUCUCGACUCACAGAUGCUGCUGAGGCAGAAUGUAUAGGAAAUUGUUUUCAAGCCACCAGAGACCUGUUUGUACAACUGGAAAGGUUGUAUUUAUUUAAUGUACCUCAAGGUGUUUUAAUAAUGAUUGGUGUUUUAAUAAAAAGUAUUUCUGGUC